GCAGCAUCUCAACAGAACCUCUGAUUUCCAAACAGAGAGAGAUGAAGAGUGCAAACCCAGUGAAGAUGUUGGCGGCGUUUGCUCUAGUUCUGCUGGUAUUCAGUGUGACUGAGGGACGGAUUAUGAAUAAAUGUGAGCUGAAGGCCCAGCUGGACGCCGCUCAGUUGCAGCAGAUCACCGUCAUGGAAGAGACAAUAACCGUGAACAGUCUCAUCGCCAGACUUGUCUGCAAGGCCAGCAUCUCAGCCUUCAACACCAGCUUUGUCAAAAACACCACGGUCCACAAUAAGGAGAUGAAGCCAGCACAGGCCCCACCUCAAGUUGCAUCCCAAGUUCCACCUCAAGCUCCAUCAUCUGGAGCUCCACCUCAGGCUUCACCACGCAGAGGUCCACCUCAGGCUCCAUCAUCUGGAGCUCCACCAAAGGUUCUACAAUCUGGAGCUCCACCCAAAGUUCCACCAUCUGGUUCUCCACCCAAGCUUCCACCAUCUGGAGCUCCAUCAUCUCGACUGCCACCUCAGGCUCCAGCUGGAGCUCCACCUAAGCACUAUGCACAGGCUCCCACUAAAGGACCCCGGGGCUCCGGCCACGAGACGCAGCAACCACGUCCGACCACAGCUGCCAAAGAUGUCAGGCACCUGUACGGUAUGUUUCAGCUCAGUGAUCAGCUGGCCUGUGAUUCCGGCAUGAUCCCAUCGCUCAACGUCUGCAACAUGACCUGCUCUGCUUUGACUGAUGACGACAUCACUGAUGACAUCGCCUGCCUGAAGACCCUGACAAACUUUAUGAAAGCGAAACCCAAAGAGAUCCUAUUUGAUGUUAAGAAGAUUGUGGAGAUGAUGUUGGUGAAGGAGUGUCACUCUGUCGUUCCUCCAAACUACUUUGCUGAAUGUGUUUAAAACAGAUGGAGCAGACUCACUCAAGAUUAGAUUCUUCCUGCUGCAUUCCUUACGCACAUCAGUCUGAUGCUUUCCAUGGCAACUGUCUUUGAUUGAAUGGUAAUGAGGUCAUUAUGAUGGUGGCGGGAGUUUAAACGAGAGUCUGAAUAUAGGGAGUUUGUGCAUUAAGACACUUUAGUUUAUUACUGUAAUACUGUGAAUGUCUAAAUAUAUAUCAUUGUAUAAACCUAAACAUCAGUGUAUAGUCCAAUAUGAUUGUGCUGCUGCUGAGUGCUUUUAAAUACUGUCACUUUAUCAUAAAAAAUAAAAUUAACA